AUGGCAUGGAAGCAGCAGACCACUCCGAUUCCUGCGGGUCCUCCACCUAGUGCCGAGACCGAGGCAUUUUUGUUGUUCUGGAUACCAGACAUUUUCACCCCACGCAUGGCGACCGCCAACGGCUCAAUCAAGGCUGCCAUGUCCAGGGUCAGAGAGUCCGGCAAGACGUGUAGCGUGUUCGGGCUAACAGCAACCCGCUCUGAGAGCCUGCCUCCGUCGCUACUGGCACCAAGCCCUGCGAGUUUGGUGCAGCCGUUGGUGAACGAGUUCUUACCAGGCUCCGGAUCCGGGAGGAGCAUAGGCAAUUCCACCGGCGAUCUCGUGUCCCAUGACUGUGCCAGCCGGGAGCUCCAGGCCGGCAAGACCUCCUACGAGGGCGGUUCAACAUGUGAAGGUGAAGAUGGCCAGUCGGCACUCGCCAGCUUCGUAGAGGAGGGCGUCGCUACCUCAAAUUCUACACCACUCUAUAUUGACGACAGCAUUUUAUCGGACAACGCUGGUUGA